UUUCUGCUAACUCGAAGCCACGCCCAUUCAAAAGAAAAAAAAAAAGGCCUUCUCCCUUUGCUAUAUUUCUCACGCAAUGUCUUCUAUUUUAUCUUCCUAUUAUAUAUAGAGUGGAUGCUUUCACGUUCAUGUGUACAGAUUUCCAAGCUAAACUCAUUUAGAUAGAACGUCAAUUUCCUUCUCUUUCUUUUUUUUUCCCUAUCCAUCUCUCUUCUUUCUCAUUCAUAUUUCUUUCUUAAUUGACCAACAUGGCAAGAUUUGUGUUUUUGGUAGUAUGUGCUUUAGCUCUUUUAGCCUCUUCAACGGUUUCGGCUGCAAUAGUGGAGCAUUCUUUCAUUGUGAAAAAUCUAACAGUGAGGAAGCUUUGCCAAGAGCAAGUCAUAACUGCAGUGAAUGGAAGCCUUCCAGGUCCAACUAUACGCGUAAAGGAGGGCGACACACUUGUCGUUCAUGUCUUCAAUGAGUCACCCUAUAAUCUUACAAUUCACUGGCACGGAAUAUUUCAACUUCUGAGCGCUUGGGCAGACGGACCGGUUUACGUAACUCAGUGUCCAAUACUUCCUGGAAGUAAGUUUACCUACAAAUUCAAAAUCACCGGACAAGAAGGAACACUCUGGUGGCAUGCCCACGUGUCUUGGCUCCGAGCAACGGUGUACGGAGCUCUCAUCAUUCGGCCCAGAUCCGGUCAUUCUUACCCGUUUCCUAAACCCCAUAAGGAGAUACCCAUCUUACUCGGGGAAUGGUGGAAUGCUAAUGUCGUCGACGUUGAAAACCAAGCGCUUCUUACCGGACAAGCUCCGGCCAAUUCGGACGCUUACACUAUUAAUGGAAGACCCGGUGAUCUCUACCCCUGCUCUGAAAAUGAAAAUCAAACAUAUAAGUUGAAGGUGCAGAGAGGAAAAACCUACCUGCUAAGGAUAAUCAACGCUGCACUCAAUAACCAGCUCUUCUUCAAGAUAGCCAAUCACAAAAUGAAAGUGGUCGCUGUAGACGCCUCUUACACGGAACCCUAUGUAACCGACGUCGUCGUUUCGGCACCCGGUCAGACCGUCGACGUCCUUGUCACCUUCGAUCAGCCUAUAGGCUCUUAUUACAUGGCAGCCCUACCCUAUGCCAGCACUUUUCCAGCUAUACCCUUUGACAACACGACCACAAGGGGAAUCAUCCAAUACAUGGGCUCCACGUCACAAACACCAGUCAUGCCAGCUCUUCCAGCCUUCAACGACACACCAACGGCCCACAAAUUCUAUUCCAACCUAACCGGAUUGGCCAAUGGGCCACAGUGGAUCCCGGUCCCACUCGACGUGGAUAAGCACAUGUUCGUAACUAUGGGAUUGAACUUCGAACGAUGCGAAACGUGUCCCGGACUGGUGCGAGCCUCUGCGAGUAUGAACAACGAGUCGUUCCAGCUACCGAACACGCUGUCCAUGUUGGAAGCAUUCUUUUUCAAUGUGAGCGGGAUCUACACCGAUGAUUUCCCUGACGAACCACCGGUGAAGUUUGACUAUACGAAUUUAAGCCUUAGCGUUGACCCGUCGCUUGUAUUUACACAAAAGUCAACGAAAGUGAAGAAAUUGAAGUUCAAUUCAACGGUUGAGAUUGUUUUCCAAAACACUGCGUUUUUGGGGAUUGAAAACCAUCCUAUACAUAUCCAUGGUUUCAAUUUCCAUGUGUUGGCUCAAGGAUUUGGUAAUUACGACGCCGUUAAUGAUCCUAAAAAAUUCAAUUUCGUUAACCCACAAGCUAGGAACACCAUUGCUGUACCAGUUGGAGGCUGGGCUGUUGUCAGAUUCCAAGCAAAUAAUCCAGGUGUCUGGAUCACACAUUGCCAUCUGGACGUUCACUUGCCAUGGGGCCUGGCUAUGGGUUUUGAAGUCGAAAAUGGACCCACACCAUCAACUACGCUGCCUCCACCACCAUUGGAUCUACCCAAAUGUUAGAUUAAAAAUGGAGUUUAAAUCAAAAUCAACACCGAAAUAACUUGGUUGCAACACUAUACCUAUGACACUACCAAGAGACAUAUCUUUUUAUUGUUUAAAAAAAAAAAAUCCGAAAUAACUUGGUUCUCACAAAUUCUACAUUAAUAUUCAUUGACUUUGCAAGUUUGGAUUUAAUUUUUUUUUAUUUGGUCUUCAUUUAUUACAAGAAAAAUUGUAUGAGAAAUAAUCAGUGAUUGUCAUUAUUUUAAUUUGUAAAUUCUAUAUUGCAUGUAUUAUUCGGUCACCAUUUUUUGAGAAAAACAAAAAUGGUGUUUGCUAUUAUUUUUUUUUUUCAUUAAUAAAAAGUGGCCAGUACUCAGUAUCCUCCUUUAUAUCA